GGAAAGUGAUAAACCCUAGUCGAAUCAAAAAUGGAGGAGGAGGAGGACGAGCGGAAGCCACGGCGCCCGAACCUGGCCGCCUUCAGCAGCCUCAACGCCAAGGCCGUCCACUCCUCGCUGGAGGAGAGCUGCGUCCGGACGCAGGCCUCCUCGGAGUCCACCGACGUCAACACGUGCUCCAGCGUGUCGGCCGCGCAGUACAGCGACCGCAGCUUCGUGUCCAAGGCGAGCACGUUCUCCCGCAGCGGCACCUCCAGCUCCAGCCAGGAGGAGGGCGAGGUGGCGCAGACGACGGUGUCCACCAACCGGUACCUGUCGGCCACGCGCGUCGAGUCGGCGCGCUCCAUGGAGUGUCUCCGGCCGAAGGACACGUCGCCCGCGCGGCCGGCCAGCUCGUGCACGUCGGUGCGCGUCCACCGUAGCUCGUUCCUGACGGCCAGCGAGCGCGACGUGCGCGAGUCGCGCGGGCCGCCAGCGCGCCGCGCGCUGUCGGGCGAGGACAUGGGCAAUGCGGAGAAGCGGCGCGGCCUGUUCGCCGGCUCCGAGCGGCGCGCGCUGCAGCAGCUCAGCCUGCCGCCGCCCGAGCGCCGCCUCACCAUCCUCAGCCCGCACAGCCCACUGGCCACCGCCGAGCUGCAGUGGCCGUCCCCGCCUGGCAUUCGGGGCCGCCGGAAGAAGGGGAUGGUCCUCCCGAAGCUCAUCCUCCCGCGGAGCGACUCGGACGGUUCGGAAGUAUUUUUCGAAAGGUGCAUUUUUUAAAUUAUAUUAUAUCGUUAAGAUUGUAA